UUCAAAGUUCAAAGUUUAAAAGGUAGAUCUCCAAUCCCAUUUUCGAUUUUUUUUUUCCUUUUUCACCUUUUUCACAUCAAUUUGCUGUUGAGCUUUGCAUGAACCAUUGGAACAGUGACUUUUCGGAAGUAGUAGCUUUCAUGGCUAAAUAAUCACUAGGCCACAUUAUUGAUCGUAUCCGUUGUUGGGUUUUUUUUUUUUUAGUAAUUUAGUUCUUGGGUUAAUUCAAUGAAAUUAUCAGCCUCAGCUCUCUUGUUUGAGUCGCCCCUUUCAUUGUCUCUUUCCCUUGUUUUCUUAAACUUCGGUAUUGUCUCAAGCUUUUUGUUCUUGUCCCUGUGUUCUACAUCUCCGAAUAUUCUCUGUUUGUUCUUGAAUUUCACGGAUUUUCUGGGUUUCUGUGACUUGGUAAAAUUUUAAUUUCUUUUGUACUGUUUGGUCAAGUUCUUUUCAAAAAUGUUGAUUGUUCACUCUGAUCAGAUCCACUGCAUCAGUGAUUAAUUUGCUCGAUAUCCCCUUAAUUAACAUCCAAUCAAGCUUAUGGAACUUUUCAAAAGGGGUUUUGUGAGGCUUUUUGCUUCUUGAGAAUUGAGCUUUUUGAAAUUUUUUUUUCCCUUUCAGGCCAACCAAUACGAAUGAGAACACCUCUCUGAUAAAGUCCACAAUUUAGGGACACAAAUUUGCUUUGGAAAUCCCUCUUUGGGAGAUUGGAGGAAGAUGUUGUGUGCUUGUUCAGGAGAGCAAUUCAAAUUUGACGAGCCGGCCCCCCAGUCGCCGGAGUCGCUGGCCACAAGGGAUUUCUCCGCCAGCGCUAGCGGCCUUUCAUCAAGGAACGGAACAGCCGACUGGGAAUCCAAAUUAGAAGAUGCCCAAGUUGAUGAAGUCGAAUCUACAUUGAAGGAGGCACUUUCCCUAAAUUAUGAGGAAGCUAGAGCGUUGUUAGGUAGGCUGGAGUAUCAAAGAGGCAAUUUCGAUGCAGCCCUCCAAGUAUUUCAAGGAAUUGAUGUUAAAGCCUUGUCCCCAAGAAUGUCCAAAGCUAUUGCCGAAAGAACUCGACCACGAAAGUCGGUCAAAAAGGGUGAUAAUUCACUACUAGGUGUAAUGUCACUGCACUCUGUGAGCCUACUUCUUGAAGCAGUUUUACUUAAAGCAAAAUCAUUGCAGGAGCUUGGCCGAGUCAAAGGUAAUUUGGCUGUCUGAAAUUCGACCAUAUGAUCAUUCCAAAUAGAACGGUAGCAAUUCUAAUGUCUACAUUGUGGUGCAUUUAGUCUAGGCUUGAGCAAUGAUAUCAUGGUAGUACAGUGGCCUAGUACUGAUUAUUGUAGUAGCUUAGUUGCUGAAAGCUUGCUUUGUGUUAAAGCCUGUGAAGAUGAUGAUGAAAUGACAAGAAUCAUAAUCUGUUUAAUUCUUGGAUGAAAGCAUUCUUAUAUCCAUUGAAGUAGACAAUUUAAAGUUUUUUUCCUCUCAACUGCUGCUAAUAUAUGUCUGCUUGGGAUAUCGUCUUAUAGAGGCUGCCAGAGAGUGCAAAGUUAUCCUUGAUGUAGCUGAUUCUGCCUUGCCUAAUGGGAUGCCUCCUGGAAUUGGUGAUGAUUGCAAACUGCAAGAGAUGCUUCACAAGGCACUGGAGUUGCUACCUAACCUGUGGAUAGAGGUUGGUUAUCUGCAAGAAGCUGUCACUGCAUAUCGAAGGGCUCUGGCAAAGCCGUGGAAUUUGGAUGCCCAGAGGCUUGCCAACAUACAAAAAGGUUUGGCUUCUAUUUUGCUCUAUGGAGGUGUUGAAGUAAGCCUUUCUCCCCAUAUACAUCUUAGGGAUAAAACAGCUCCUACAAAUAAUAUGGAAGAAGCUAUUCUCCUGUUUCUUAUACUGAUUAAGAAGGCCCUUGAUCGCGAAAUAGACUGGGAUCAAGAAGUUAUGGAUCAUUUAACUUUUGCACUCACGAUUUCUGGGAGAUAUGAGUCUUUGGCUGACAUUGUGGAGCAAAUUUUUCCCGGUACGUAUGAUAGAGCACAGAGGUGGUAUUUUCUGGCCCUGUGCUACAGUGCAGCAGGUCAGGAACAGACAGCUAUUGAGCUUCUAAAGAAAGUUGCGGGUUGUUCAGAAACUAAGAAUAGGCCUAAUCUGUCUUCUUUUUUACUGGGAGCCAAAUUGUGUGCUGAAGAUCCAAAGAACGCUCACGAAGGGAUGAAUUUUGCACGAAGAGUAAUCGAUGCUUCCAUAAACCAAAAUGAGCAUUUGUUGGGACAAGCCCGGAAAUUUCUUGGUAUCUGCUACUGCAAUGGAGCCAGAGUAUGUGUCUCAGAUUCUGAAAGAGCACAUUUGCGGAGAGAAUCGCUGGACUCAUUGAUCCAAGCUGCUCAGAUUGACAAAGAUGAUCCAGAACUCAUUUUAAACCUUGGGCUGGAGAAUGCCGUUCAAAGGAAUUUGUCUUCAGCCUUUGAUCAGGCAUUGUUAUACUCAAACAUGGUGGGUGGGAGCUCAGUUAAGGGUUGGAGACUAUUGGCUCUUAUUGCAUCUGCCCAGCAGAGACUCAAAGAUGCAGAGGCUAUAAUUGACCUUGCUUUGGAUGAGACCGAUGGGAUCGACCGGCUGGAACUCCUUCGAUUGAAAGCCAUGCUUCAAACAGCACAAGAACAGCCAAAGCAAGCCAUUGAGACCUACAGGGUUUUGCUUGCUCUGGUUCAAUCACAGAAAAAUUCUCAAAGACCAAAUAGAGACGAUGAGGUGUUACAACUAGGAAGAUUAGUAGGUGAAGCUUGGCAAGAUUUGGCUGGAAUUUAUUCAGAUCUCGAGUCAUGGAAUGAUGCAGAAAUAUGUAUGGACAAAGCUAAGGCAACGACACUUUUCACUUCCCGGGGUUGGCAUAGUAAAGGUACGAUAUGUGAAGCUCAAGGACAACACAAGGAAGCUCUCGUAGCAUUCUCAGUUUCACUAACAAUAGAUCCAGAUUACGUUCCAAGCAUAGUUUCAAGUGCAGGGGUGCUGAUGAAAAUGGGAAGAAAGUGUUUACCCACUGCAAGAAGCUGGCUAAUGAACGCACUGCGAUUGGAGCCGACCAACCACGAUGCAUGGUUCCAUCUUGGAAUGCUUUCCAAGGCUGAAGGUUUACAUCAACAAGCUGCAGAUUACUUUCAGGCCGCCCAUGAACUUAAGCUUUCAGCACCUGUCCAAAACUUCGUCCAAGAAUGAUCUCAUCGAAGCAUACACAAAAGGAAGUCUAAUUUUUUUUGUAAUUUUGUUCAAUUCAUCCCGUUGAUCUUACACUCUCCAGGCCCACCUUAUGUAUAUACAUAUGCAAGGGGUUUUCGUGUAGGCUUGAAAAUGCAUUGGAUGGUUGCCUCUUCGCAUAAAAUUAUCGGGUUUGUUCACUAUACGGCCUCAGUUUAACCCAGGCAUAUAAAUACAUUUUUUUGUCUACUUGAGUAUAGGUGAAGUUUCCAUUUGAUAUGCAACUGUCAGAAAAGAAACAAUAUAAAAAACACUGUUUCACCUUCCUCAGUUAUAAUGAAGAUUUGUGAUCAAGUUUACAUAAUCAGAGAAACCAAUCAGCUUAAAACAAUGAUUAUUGGGAUUAUCCGCAAAUCAAUUACAAACAGAUCCUAACGAUAUUAGGGCAGGCCAAACAUUAGUUCCUUACUCAGAUAAAUUCUCUGAGAAGCUGAAGCUAGCACUACUAGCUUGUUGUUCCCCCAAGCUCUAUUAGCUUCUUGUUAGAGGCAGAUGAUAGGAUGAGUACGGGCAUUGUAUGACUCUUGUAAUAAGCUCUCUACCACCAAAAAAAAACAAAAAAACAAAAAACAAAAAAUAGCACUACUGUACAGAAUAUUUCAAUCUUGAAAAAAAAUAAAUAAACUCAAAAGACACUCUUUACUGAGACACAUUUUCAGUUGCUAGGAGAGAGGGAGGGAGGGUUGAGGAGAGUUCUUGGACAAGCUACAACAGAGUAACCUUUCGGUUUUCUCUUUCAGUCCAGUGUACAAAUAUAUUUAGAGAAGCCCUUUAUUUGCAAAGCAUCCUUAAAAAUGACCAGAGCUGUGUUCGUAGUCAUAAUUAUUGAUAAAACGUGCAUCAUCUCAAUUGAAAUCUGAAACAGGGAGAAAGGGAUGGAAUUAGAAUACAACUCUUAGUAAAAUCACUUCUGUAACACUCACAAAAUGACAAGUCACCAAGGUUCUACAUAAACGACAAUUAACAGAAACUAGUAAGUACAUCCGAAAAAGAUCAAUUCAUAUCUGUACAACUUCAGUCUUCACAGGGUUCUUCUUCAAGUAGUAAUCUUUGAUUAUCUAAAUUAACAGUAACAAGUGUUUACACAAAAAAUCCAGAAAAUACAGACCUAAUGAUCAAGUUUUACUUUUCUAUUUCUUUUUCCAGAACAUGGCUGUCAUGCUAAUUUAUAAUCCUUUCCUGAUAUUUUACGUUUUUAAUCCGCAUUCCAGGCCAAGAAGAAGUAAAAGCCUACAAAAGGAGAAGAGUCUCACAUGCUUUUGGUGAGGACAGUGAAGAGUAUAUUAUCCACUCAAAGAUUAAAUGGAUGAAUGUUCCAUGAAUUGAACAUUACCAGCUCAAAUCUGACAAAUACUCACAGAGAAGUGUGACAGUGUAUCUAUGUGAAAGUAUCAUCAGUGCUGCUAAAUUAAAACCAAUGGGUAUAUGAAAUAUACAUUCACCUAAAUCAACAAAGGCUAGAACUUUUAAAAAAGAAUUAAUCCACCUUGCAAUGCGAAAAAAGAGAGCAAAAAACUUAUGAAGGAGAGAAGGAAAUAGGUAAGCUGUCUGCUCAUUAAAGUUAAGCACACAAAAAAACUUACACUGUACAGAAGAAGACAAGCAGAAGGGCCACAAAAUGUACAAUCUCAUGAUCCCAUGUUCCACUGCAUUCGCAAAUUGUACCGGCAAUAGGUUAAAAUUCCAAUUUUUAAGAGACAUACACACACACGCACAUACAUACAUACAUACAUAUAUAUAUAUAU